UUCAAAGCCAUCCCAAAACAUACCCAAUGCCUUCCAACUAUUUCCUUCUGUUUCUUCUUGGAGUGGUGGUUUUCACUACCACUCCCUCUCUUGCUGAUCAGCACGAUGAUCACCGCAAACCACCGAUUCACAAGCCUCCUACCCAUCCUUCAGACCACCACAAACCACCCAUCCACAAGCCUCCCAUGGUGGAAGUCUCUCAUCUUCAGAAGUCACCACAACCCCCCAAACAUAAGCCUCCAACGACAUUAAGCAAGCAAGAGCCACUCCCUGAGCACAAGCCAUCAACCCCUCGUGAUCAACCUCCAAAGGGUAAGGGAGAGAAGCCACCACCGGAGCACAAGCCACCUCAUGAGCACCGUUUGUUAGAAACUGACGACAAACCGUCCAAGGGAGAGAAGCCGCCGCAAGAGCACAAUGAGCAUCACAAGGGAGAAAAGCCACCACCAAAGCACAAGCCACCUCAUGAACACCAAUUGUUAGAGUUGGACGGCAAACCUUCGAAGGGAGAGAAGCCUCGACAAGAGCACAAUGAGCCUCGAAAGGGAGAAAAAUCACCACCAAAGCACAAGCCCCCACAUGAACACCAAUUGUUGGAGGUGGAUGGCAAACCUUCCAAGGGAGAGAAGCCACCACAAGAGCACAAUGAGCCUCACAAGGGAGAGAAGUCACCACCAAAGCACAAACCACCUCAUGAACACCAGUUAUUAGAGUUGGAUGGAAAACCUUCCAAGGGAGAGAAGCCACCUCAAGAGCACAAAGAGCCUCGUAAGGGAGAGAAAACACCACCAAAACACAAGCCACCACAUGAACACCAAUUGUUAGAGUUGGAUGGCAAACCAUCCAAGGGAGAGAAGCCACCACAAGAGCACAAUGGACCUCAUAAGGGAGAGAAGCCGCCACAAAAGCACAAGCCACCUCAUGAACACCGCUUGUUAGAGACUGAUGGAAAACCUUCCAAGGGAGAGAAGCCACCACAACAACACAAUGAGCCUCAUAAGGGAGAGAAGCCCCCACCAGAGCACAAACCAGGACAUCCGGGUAAUGAACCUCACAAGGGUGAGAAGCCACCACCAAACCACAAACCACCUCAUGAACAAAACACCGGACGCCGUUUGCUAGAGUCCUCUUCCACUGAGUUAGAUGGUAAGUCUCCUGAAGGAAAGAAGCCACCCCCAAAACACAAGCCACCAACCCCACUUAACAAAAAUGAAGAACAUAAGCCAUUCCCAGAACACAAGCCACCAAAGGGUAAAGGAGAGAAGCCACCACAUCAUGAUCGUCACCUUGGAGACAAUGCAGAGAAGGAUGCCAAAGAUUCACCACACAAGCCACCCCGGAAAUUAAAGCCUCCUAGUACUGUUGCAAAGAAGCCUCCAACUGCCCCUCAAAAACCACCUCACAAACCUCCAUCUCCCUACUGAUACGCAUCAUUAGUUUUCUAGUGUCAUGAUAUUUAUGUGAAAAUAAGAGCUGCUAUAUCUCUGCCUUAUUUUGUCACUGUUCUACGGAUCAGUUACGUACAGCAGACUAUGCUUCAUUUCCUGCAUGUUGUACCUAGCUAGCCUACUAGAGAUCGAGUACGUAUAAUAAUGUUCUUGUUAUGUAAAGCAUCCAGUGUACUCACAUUGAAUAUUAUGAAUUAGCUUAUCUUUAUUAAA